AUGUCCUCUGAAACUCCCACUCGCACUCCCACUGUACAAACUCCCGCUGCACAGACUCCCUCGGAAAACGUGGUUGUCAAUCCUCCCAGCGAGGACAACGAUACCACUCAUUUGGCCCAGCAAUUCGCUAACCGUCUUCACACCGACUCUCCCAGAGACAAGCAGAAUUCUUCUUCUGUCCAGAAGGAUUGGGCCUUAUUGCGUGAUCCCGUUCUUCACACUGAACGUUUGGAUGCUAUCCGCUCCAAGAAGGGUUACGUUAUUGAUAUGGAUGGUGUUAUUUACCACGGUACCAAACUUUUGCCUGGUGCCAAGGAGCUUGUUGAUUUCUUGAACCGAAAUAACAAGAAGUAUCUCUUCUUGACCAACAACUCGGCUCCUACUCCCCGUGAAUUGCAGCAGAAGCUCAGCCGAUUAGGCAUUGAGGUCACUGAAGACCACUUCUUCACUGCCGGUCAGGCUACCGCUUACUUCCUCAAGUCACAGAUGCCCGAGGGUGGUACCGUCUACGUGAUUGGUGAACCUGGUCUUGCCUAUGCUUUGUACGAUAUGGGUUUCUUCAUGAACGACCACAACCCUGACUAUGUUAUUCUUGGUGAAGGUCCUUCUUACAACUAUGAAAAGUUGACCAAGGCUGUUCAGCUCGUCCAGCAGGGUGCCAAGUUGAUUGCUACCAACUUGGAUGUUGAAAACUUGGAUUCCAAGGGCAACAAGAUCCCCUCUUGCGGUGCUUUCACUGCUUCCGUGGAAUUGGUUACCAAGACCAAGGCUUUCUUCUGUGGUAAGCCUUCCGCUUUGAUCAUGCGUUACGCUCAGCGCGUGCUUGGUUUGAGCCGUCUUGAAACCUGUAUUAUUGGUGACCGCAUGGAUACUGAUAUUGUUGCCGGUGUGAACUCUGAAAUUGACCCUGUGUUGGUGUUGUCUGGUGUUACUGCUAUGGAAGAUCUUUCCACCUUUGCUUACCGUCCCUAUCUCAUUUUGGGUGGUGUGUAUGAAAUUCCCAACGAAGAUGAAAAGCACAACAUCUCCGAAACUGACAUGGAAGAAGCUGCACGACGUGCCUCUUUCCUGUAA